UUCUUUUUCUUCCUUCCUUCCUUUCUUUCUUCCUGCCUGCCUUCCUUCCUUCCUCUCUUUCUUUCUUUCUUUCUUUCUUUCUUUCUUUCUUCCUUUCUUUCUUUCUUUCUUUCUUAAUUUCCUUCCUUCCUUCCUCCCUUCCCUUUCCUUCUCUUCCCUUCCCUUCCUUUCCCUUCCCUUCUUUCUUUCUUUCUUUUUUUAUUGUUAUUUAUUUCAUGUAUGUGGGUACACUGUAGCUGUCUUCAGACACACAGAAGAGGGCAUUGGAUCCCAUUACAGAUGGUUGUGAGCCACCAUGUGGUUGCUGGGAAUUGAACUCAGGACCUCUGGAAGAGCAGUCGGGUGCUCUUAACCACUGAGCCAUCUCUCCAGCCCAAGACAGAGUUUCUUAGAGCCUGACAUUUGGCUAGAUUGGCUGCCCAUCAGUCUCUGGGGAUUCUCCUACCUCUACCUCCCCAGCGCUGGGGUUACAGGUACGUGCUGCUGCACCUGACUUAUUUACAUAGGUGCUAGGGAUCAAACCUAAGGUUUUGGUCAUGUGUGACAAGUGCUUUACUGACUUGUCCUCCACAGCUCCUCCGUUUUGAAAUGUAUUCUUUGACAUGUCGUUUUACACAUCUAUAGAAUACAUUUUCAUCAUAUCCAACCCCAUACCCACUCUUCUCCCUCCCCAAUUCCUGCUGCUGAUUCUCUCCCUUCCUAACAAUUCUCCCUCCUAGUUUCAUGGUUUUUGUUUUCCUUUGUUUUUUGUGUUGCUUACAUGAACUUCAAUUAGGGGUUAUUUACUGCAGCUUGGGUAACUCACCAGUGGUUACAUUACUGAAGACAGUGACCUUCCCUUUCUGAGCAGCCAUUAACUGCCUCCAAUAGCUCCUGAGGGUGGGGCCUCAUGGGUCCCCUCCUUAUUCUUUUUUUUUUUUUGGUUCUUUUUUUCGGAGCUGGGGACCGAACCCAGGGCCUUGCCCCUCCUUAUUCUUGAUGGAAUGUUGGUAGGUCCCAUCUUGUGGAGGUGGCCACAGCUGCUGUGAUGUCAUAAGUACAAGGUUAGAUCAUUUCCAGAAACACACACUUCUUCAGUUCCUAAUGAUUUCUCUUCCGUCUUUUUGAUGUCCCCUGAGCUUUGGAGAGGGUGACACAGUGGCUGAGCAUAUUCAACAGUCACUUUUUCUUGAGCAUUGGCCAAGUGUGGGCCUGUGUAUAAGUGAGGCCCACUGCAAAGCCUGAGAGCCACGAUUUUUGAUAGAUUUAACUAUAAUAAAAUGUCUGUUUAGCAAAAUGACAGAAGUAGAUUUUCCCACAACUUCCCUAGUCAUGUUUCCUCCUCACUCCCCAGGGGAGGGACUCUUAGAUUUUUGACCAGGUUUAUAAUUAGUAUCAAGUUUUUUAUUUUUUUAAUUUUCUUAGAGAGGAUCUCAUAUAGCGCAGGCUGGUCUUGAACUCUUCAAGUUCUGAAGAUGGCCUGAGUUUCUGAUCAUCUUACCUCUUUCUCUCAGGUGUGGAGUGCAGGAGUUUGCCACUAUGCCUGGAUUCAUGUGAUGUUGAGGAUCGAACCCACAGCCUUUAUGAGUUGGGCAAGCACUGCCUACUCAGCUAUAUUUCUAGCCCUAGCUACCAGCUACCCAUUUCUUUAAAAAAUUUUCUCAAGUUAUUCGACUUUUGCUCUUUGUUCUUAUGGCUGUGACAGUGUUUUGUGAACUAUUUUGAAUGUCAUUCUUAUUUGGCCCAAUCAAGUUUGGCCUUAUAUCUGUGUUCUCUAAGUGAAUCAAGGUGGGAUUCACAUGACUUUCUAUAUGCAGCUAUGUACAAAAGCUAUGUUUUCAUCUUUGAUAACCCUUCUCACGACCUCCCCCCCCCCCCCAGGGUCUCCUUAUGAUGAACUCACUAUGUAGACCAGAGCUCACUGAGGUCCACCUGCCUCUGCCUCCUGCACACAGUGAUUAAUGAUGUAUACCACAAUACCACGCAAUAAGUGGCUCCUUUAGAAUAUUUUUUUAAAAUCACGUAUUAUUUAUUUAGUUAGUUUGUGCAUACACAAGUGUAUAUGUGUGCCUGCUAGUGUAGGUUGGAAGACAGCUUGUGGAUUUAGUUAUCUCUUUCUAUGAUGUAAAACUCAGGGUUCAAAGUUAUUUGUUGGGCUUAGCAGCAGGCACUUUUAUCUACUGAUUUACUCCCAGCCCUACAGCCCUCUCAAAACUGAGUUUUCCUGCAGCACCUUCCCCAAGGGUUCCCCUGUGUAACAGCUCUGGUUGCCUUGGACAUCACUCUGUAGACCAGACUGGCCUUGAACUUAUGUAGCGAUCUGCCUGCUUCUGUACCCUCAGUGCUGGGAUUAAAGGUGUGAGCCGUCACUGUCAGCCGGCAACUCCUUUUACUUCCCAAGUUUACAGAGCAGGUUUUGUCUCCCUGCAGUAUUUUCCUUAGAGAUGUCGAGGAUCGGUACGAAAGAGUAGCUUCUCUCUUCUCUGUUACGUUGGUAAGCAAAGUCUCCAUUUUCUUUCAGAUCUUACAGUCGGUGUCACUGGUUUCUUCAGUAUUUAUGUCUGUUGUUAAGCCAGAUAUAGGCAUAUUGGACAGGUUUAUAUAUCUAGCCUGAGGGAGGAUUAGGGAGGGAAGAGAGAGUAUAAAUUAAAGUAUAUGAAUGAAUCCAGAGGAAAGGAGAGCCUGGAUUAGAAUAAACUUGGCCAUAAAAUUAUAGUGACAUUUGUAAUCUAGGCAAAUUAUAUAAGUCUCCUUAGACUCCUCAGAUCUGGGUCACAUCUAUAUGAAGAAUAAAGGAAGCUGAUGAAUUCAAUUUCUGCCUGCUUGUGGGAUGCCAUUUAUUUAUGUCACUGAUCAUGCCUAGAGCCUUUCAGAAACAGCCCAAGUGAGACUCCUGUCUACUUCCUGCUGGGCUCAGGGUAAGAGAAAUAGACCCAUCUCUUAGCCAGAGGAUGGCCUGUCCAUAUGUGGGGACACCAGAGGACUUGUUUAACCUUUUUAAGCCCCAAGGCAUGAAAGUCUGAAAGGAAAGGAAGUGUUUUCAGUUGUUAUACUCAACAGGGGAGACAGCUAAUGUUUCAGAUCUGUACUUUGAAAUAAGGUAUGUUUAUACUGGCUAAAGUGUUUAGACAUUUGGAAAAGUAGGAACAAAAAAAUAUUUCUUCUUUGCUGCCAUUAUUUUCUAAUUUUAUUGAUUUAUUUCUGAGCCUGAAACUUACUGGAUAGCUCAAACUAGAAUUGGAGUAGCAGUUCACUUGCCUCAGCCUCCUGAGUGCCAGGACUACAGGCGCGAGUCAUGAUGGUCAGUAUUCUUUACAAUAUUGUUUUGCCUGUGGUGGGAUGCUCAGUAAUUUUAGCACUUGGGGCACCGAGGUAGGAGAAUUGCCAGUUUGAGCUCAGCCUGGGCUAUAUAAUGAGAAACUGCUUACAAAAAAGAGGGCUAUUUAUUUUUAUUAAUAAAAUUUCCCUGUCAUUUGUUUCUUAAGGUCAUUUGUUUGUUUUUGAGACAGGUUCUCUCUGUGUAGCUCUGGCUGUACUGAAACUUGCUCUGUAGACUGGGUGGGCCUCAAAUCAAGAGAUUCCAUGUUGCAGUAAAUCUCCAACCCCAAUAAGCCAGUGCAAAAACACACAACUCAGUUACAAUAUUUAUAAACUGCAUGCCUAGACUGGGCAGAUUUACCACUACACUAUUCUACUCCCCAACUAUGAGAUCUCUUGUUUCUUGUGGCUUCUUUGGGCCAUGUGGUUCUGCUCCAUCUUCCUUCCACCUCUUCUUCCUCUGUCUUCUUCCUCUCCCUCUCUUCCCCCACUCUCUAAAAUCUUCAGCCUCACCUUUCCCUUCCACUGUCUAAUUACAGGAUCUAGCCUUUAUUUGACCAAUUAAAAUAGGCAGAAGGUUCACAUGAAUCACCUGAGUAUGUGAUCCAUUCCUCUGCUGGGCAGCCCCUCUUGAGGAAGCAGAAUUAAUAUCAGAAUGCAAACAGCACCAGGGCAUUCUACAACAUUUCCUCCUUUUUGUCCAAUUAAAAGGCUCUUUUAGAUAUAAAUUGAGCACAACUAUCACAAUCAUGCAAACUAUAAAGUAAAGGUACACUUAACAACUUAGAUAAGAUAAGGUCAACUUAGAUAAAGUAUUCUACCAUCUAUCCUAACUUAAAAAGCUUACAAUUCUAUACUUGAAUUAUGUCCUGGUUUUAGUUUAUAUACUGUCUGAAAACCAUCCUCUCAAAUCUAUAUCAUCUCUCUCAAUCCUAAACAGCUUGAGUUGACUAUGAGACUACAACCAGUCUUCAGCCCCAUCAGAAGUCCGAGAAUGACUCAAAUAUUACAUAGGAAGCACAAAACAUAGCUUCCAAAACAACCAAUUUGUAGAGAUAGCUGACUACCUGGACAGUUUCUCAUCCCUCCAAACAUUGGAGCAUCAUCAGUCUUCAGCCUUUUGGUCCAGGAUCAUUUGAUAGACCUUUGUAAAGCAGGAUUAUGAAGGACUGCUUACCCCAUCUUGGCAGAGCUAUGUAUGGGUCGACUCAAAUAGAAAUGAUGAAAAAUAGUGUAUUGGCUGGUUUUGUGUGUCAACUUGACACAAGCUGGAGUUAUCACAGAGAAAGGAGCCUCAGUUGAGGAAAUGCCUCCAUUGAGACCCAGCUGUAAGGCAUUUUCUCAACUAGUGAUCAAGGGGGCAGGGCCCAUUGUGGAUAGUGCCGUCCUUGGGCUGGUGGUCUUGGGCUCUAUAAAAGACCAAGCUGAGGGUUGGGGAUUUAGCUCAGUGGUAGAGCGCUUGCCUAGCAAGCACAAGGCCCUGGGUUCGGUCCUCAGCUCAAAAAAAAAAAAAAAAAAAAAAAAAAAAAAGACCAAGCUGAGCAAGCCAGUAAGAAACAUCCCUUCCAUGCCUCUGCAUCAGCUCCUGCUUCUGAUCUGCUUGAGUUCCAGUCCUGACUUUCUUUGGUGAUGAACAGCAAUGUGGAAGUGUAAGCUGAAUAAACCCUUUCCUCCCCAACUUGCUUCUUGAUCAUGAUGUUUGUGCAGGAAUAGAAAGCCUGAUUAAGACAAAUAUUUAAGAUGUAACAGUAAAGAUAUACUUUGCAUAGAUAUAGCCUUCAAAAGCAUCGGAAGUCCACCAAAUACGACAUUUUAAGACCAUCUCAUUAUUAUGGAUCAUUUGACUAGAGACAUGUCUGCUUCUUACAGCACUUCCUUCGUGGUUCAAAGAAGAAGUUGAGCAAAAAUGGAGUUGCUCCAGUUGUGGCGAGAUACCUACUAGGAAGAAUUGCCUCAGUUCAUCUAUAGACAAAAACACUGUCCAGGCAAAGGCCACACUAUACAGAAUAGUCUCUGCUGUGCUGACUGUAGCCUGGCUGGCCACCCAGCUUCUAGGACCCUAUUGUGGACAUGAGUCGGUAAUGCCCACUGAGGACUUCUGGGAGCCAUGUCAGACGAAUCCGCCUCAGGGAGCGAUCCAGACCUGGACCCGGACGUGGAGCUGGAGGAUGCGGAAGAGGAGGAGGAGGAGGAGGAGGUGGCAGUGGAGGAGCAUGACAGGGAUGACGAGGAAGGCCUGCUGGAUGACCCAUCCCUGGAAGGCAUGUGUGGCACUGAGCAUGCCCAGCUGGGGGAAGAUGGGCAGCGGCCGCCGCGGUGCACUUCAACUACCUCAUCUCAGUCUGAGCCUUCAGAGCAGCUUAGGCACCAAGGCAAGAUCUUAGCAUCUGAGGACCCCAAAAAGAAGCGAGCUCAGAAGCCCUCUCACAUGAGAAGAAACAUACGAAAGCUACUUCGGGAGGAUCAGUUGGAGCCCGUUACCAAAGCAGCACAGCAGGAAGAAUUGGAAAGAAGAAAGCGCCUGGAGCAGCAGAGGAAAGAAUAUGCAGCCCCUAUUCCUACUGUCCCUUUGGAGUUCCUACCUGAGGAAAUUGUCUUACGAGCUAGUGAUGGUCCCCAGCUCCCUCCUCGGGUCUUGGCCCAGGAAGUCAUUUGUUUGGACAGUAGCAGUGGCAGUGAGGAUGAAAAAAGCAGUCGAGACGAGGUCAUUGAACUGAGUUCUGGAGAGGAGGACACUCUGCACAUUGUGGACAGCAGUGAGUCUGUCAGUGAGGAGGACGAGGAAGAGGAGAAGGGUGGCACCCAUGUGAAUGACGCCUUAAACCAGCAUGACGCUCUUGGGCGGGUACUUGUCAACCUGAAUCACCCUCCAGAGGAGGAGAAUGUCUUCCUGGCCCCACAGUUGGCACGGGCUGUGAAACCUCAUCAGAUUGGUGGGAUCCGGUUCCUAUAUGAUAACCUAGUGGAGUCCUUAGAAAGGUUUAAGACCAGUAGUGGCUUUGGCUGUAUCCUGGCCCAUAGCAUGGGUCUGGGGAAAACUCUGCAAGUGAUCUCCUUCAUUGAUGUCCUUUUCCGCCACACGCCAGCCAAAACAGUCCUUGCGAUUGUACCGGUGAACACUCUUCAGAAUUGGUUGGCAGAGUUCAACAUGUGGCUCCCGGCUCCUGAAGCCCUCCCAGCCGACAGCAAGCCUGAAGAAAUCCAGCCUCGGUUCUUUAAAGUUCAUAUCUUGAAUGAUGAACACAAGACAGUGGCAUCCCGUGCUAAAGUGACGACUGAUUGGGUUUCAGAGGGUGGAGUGCUGCUGAUGGGGUAUGAGAUGUACAGACUGCUCACCCUGAAGAAGUCCUUAGCCACAGGCAGACCCAAGAAAACCAAGAAACGGUCUCACCCGGUCAUCAUUGAUCUGGAUGAAGAAGAUCGGCAGCAGGAGUUCCGGAGAGAGUUUGAGAAGGCCUUAUGUCGCCCUGGUCCUGAUGUGGUAAUCUGUGACGAGGGACACCGCAUCAAAAAUUGCCAAGCCAGCACCUCACAGGCUCUGAAGAACAUACGUUCUCGUCGGCGGGUAGUGCUGACCGGCUACCCUCUACAGAACAACCUCAUCGAGUACUGGUGCAUGGUGGACUUUGUGCGCCCAGAUUUCCUUGGUACUCGUCAGGAGUUCAGCAAUAUGUUUGAACGCCCUAUCCUAAACGGACAGUGUAUUGACAGCACACCUCAGGAUGUCCGCCUCAUGCGCUACCGGAGCCAUGUUUUGCACAGCCUCCUAGAGGGCUUUGUGCAGAGGAGAGGCCACACUGUGUUGAAGAUUCACCUCCCUGCCAAAGAAGAGAAUGUAAUCCUGGUGCGGCUUUCUCAGAUCCAGCGGGAUUUGUACACACAAUUCAUGGACCGUUUCCGGGAUUGUGGUAGCAGUGGCUGGUUGGGGCUGAAUCCUCUGAAGGCUUUCUGUGUAUGCUGCAAGAUCUGGAACCAUCCUGAUGUGCUAUAUGAAGCCCUUCAGAAGGAAAACCUAGCCAAUGAGCAGGACCUAGAUGUGGAAGAACUUGGCUCAGCAGGGACCAGUACCCGCUGUCCACCACAUGGCACAAAAGUCAAGGGAGAAGAUAGUGCCUUGCCUUCCUCAAUGGGAGAAGCAACCAAUAGCAAGUUCCUACAGGGAGUUGGCUUUAAUCCUUUCCAGGAACGGGGCAAUAACAUCGUUACAUAUGAAUGGGCCAAGGAUCUUCUGACUAAUUAUCAGACUGGAGUCCUGGAAAACUCUCCCAAGAUGGUACUUCUUUUCCACCUGAUUGAAGAGAGUGUGAAGCUUGGGGACAAGAUUCUUGUAUUUAGCCAGAGCCUUUCUACCCUGGCUCUCAUCGAGGAGUUCCUAGGGAAACGAGACAUGCCUUGUCCGCCUGGUGCCGAGGGGCAAGGAGCACAGAAGUGGGUUCGAAAUGUCAGCUACUUCCGGCUAGACGGUAGCACCCCUGCCUUUGAGAGGGAGCGGCUCAUUAAUCAGUUCAAUGAUCCCAGCAACCUCACCACCUGGCUGUUCCUUCUCUCUACAAGGGCCGGAUGCUUGGGUGUGAAUCUGAUUGGUGCCAAUCGAGUGGUGGUAUUUGAUGCUUCCUGGAACCCUUGCCAUGAUGCCCAGGCAGUAUGUCGGGUAUACCGUUAUGGCCAGAAAAAGCCCUGUUACAUCUAUCGACUCGUGGCUGAUUAUACUCUUGAAAAGAAGAUCUAUGACCGGCAGAUUUCCAAGCAGGGCAUGUCAGAUCGGGUCGUGGAUGAUCUAAAUCCAAUGCUGAACUUCACCCGGAAGGAAGUGGAAAACCUGCUGCAUUUUGUUGAGAAGGAGCCAGCUCCCCAAACAUCUUUGGAUAUAAAGGGGAUCAAGGAGUCAGUCUUGCAACUUGCCUGCCUGAAGUAUCCUCACCUCAUCACCAAGGAGCCUUUUGAGCACGAGUCACUGCUCCUCAACCGAAAAGAUCACAAGCUGACCAAAGCUGAGAAGAAAGCAGCAAAGAAAAGCUAUGAGGAGGACAAACGCACAUCAGUACCCUACACCCGCCCAUCGUAUGCGCAGUAUUAUCCUGCCAGCGACCAGAGCCUGACCAGCAUCCCUGCCUUCAGUCAGAGGAACUGGCAGCCAACACUGAAGGGUGAUGAUAAGCCUGUGGCCAGCGUUCGUCCUGUACAGUCCACCCCCAUCCCCAUGAUGCCCCGGCAUGUCCCACUCGGUGGCAGUGUAAGCUCUGCCUCUAACACAAAUCCAUCCAUGAACUUCCCCAUCAACUACUUGCAGCGGGCAGGAGUCCUUGUGCAGAAAGUGGUCACCACGACAGAUAUUGUUAUUCCUGGACUCAACAGCUCGACAGAUGUUCAGGCAAGGAUCAGUGCUGGUGAGAGCAUCCACAUCAUCCGGGGGACGAAAGGGACAUACAUCCGUACCAGUGAUGGACGAAUCUUUGCUGUCCGGGCAACUGGCAAACCAAAGGCCCCUGAAGAUGGUCGGAUGGCUGCCUCAGGUUCCCAGGGGCCUUCUCUUGCAUCCACGAGCAAUGGCAGACACAGUGCCUCAUCACCCAAAGCCCCUGACCCUGAGGGGCUGGCCAGGCCCGUCUCUCCUGACAGCCCAGAAAUCAUCAGUGAGCUCCAGCAGUAUGCAGAUGUGGCCGCUGCUCGGGAAUCCCAUCAGAACUCCCCAAGCAUCAGUGCUGCCCUGCCUGGCCCCCCGGCCCAACUUAUGGACAAUAGCACCAUUCCUGGGACAGCUCUUGGAACUGAGCCAUGCCUUGGGGGUCAUUGCCUCAAUAGUUCCCUCUUGGUGACUGGUCAGCCCAGUAGUGGCAGGCAUCCAGUGCUGGACUUAAGGGGCCAUAAGCGAAAGUUGGCCACUCCAUCUGUCUCCCAGGAAUCAGUCCGUCGACGGUCCAGGAAGGGCCAUCUGCCAGCCCCCGUGCAGCCCUAUGAACACGGGUAUCCAGUCUCUGGCGGGUUUUCAAUGCCACCUGUCUCCUUAAAUCAUAACCUCACCACCCCCUUCACCUCCCAGGCUGGGGAGAAUUCCCUGUUUAUGGGCAGUAAUCCCUCCUACUACCAGCUGUCCAAUUUGCUGGCAGAUGCCCGCCUGGUGUUUCCAGUGACUACUGACCCUCUGGUGCCAGCAGGCCCUGUCAGUUCCUCUUCCACGGCUACCUCAGUCACUGCCAGCAACCCCUCCUUCAUGCUCAACCCCUCUGUGCCAGGGAUACUACCCAGCUAUUCACUCCCAUUCUCACAGCCACUCCUGUCCGAGCCGAGGAUGUUUGCGCCUUUCCCUUCCCCUGUCUUGCCCAGCAACCUUUCGAGGGGCAUGUCUGUUUACCCAGGCUAUAUGUCCCCACAUGCAGGCUACCCAGCUGGUGGCCUCCUCCGGUCCCAGGUGCCUCCAUUUGACUCGCAUGAGGUUGCUGAGGUGGGGUUCAGCUCCAAUGAUGAUGAGGAUAAAGAUGACGAUGUGAUAGAGGUCACUGGGAAGUAGCUAGGAAGCCCCUGCCCACCUCACUUGGGGCCCCUAGAAGGUUGCCCACCAAACUGGAAGGCAAUGAACCUGGUCUUUCUGAAAAUAGGGUACUUGGCAGGAGAGAAGAAAAGACAAAGGAGAGUGGUUGGCCAUAAUGGUAGGCUCAAUUGCUGUUCACCAGAAGAAGAAAAAGAAAACAAAAACAAAAGACCCCAGAAACUCCACAGAGCUGAAAAAGUGGGAAAUCAGGGACCGCAAACAGGGAUGGAGUGUAUGGCAGCCUGCCUCUUCCUUCCUGCCUUUCCUAUGCUGUCUGCUUAUAUGCCCUCUAAGUGCAGAAGCGCAUACCCAUUCUGCCUUUGGGAACAUCUCUCCCAAGAAAGAGUAAAGAAGAUGAGGGUGGGCAUGGGAGGCAGACUAGGAUUCCACCAGAAGAGCGUCUCUUUAGGAGGUUGGCAGGAAGUGAGCCAGGCCCGUGUGUGUGUGUGUGUGUGUGUGUGUGUGUGUGUGUGUGUGUGUGUGUACGUGUACAUGUGAGUACGUAUGUGUACCCAUGCACGCAAGAGAGAACAUGUAUGUAGCAGAACAAGGGUGAAAGUGGGAGGGGAGGGAGGGGAAAAACUAAGAGGUAAACUAAAAAGAAAUGAAUUUAUCUUUUUUUGAAGUGUGAUCAGAGUGUGGUGGUUUAUGGCUACUAAGUUGAACAUCAAAAUGAGUCCAGGAGAAGAGCCAUGAAAGCCAGUUUCAUUCUGGCUAGGUGAAGAGAAGGCCGGGCUAACUUGAGUCCCUAGUCCCACAUUUGUUUUUUAACUUGGGGGAAAUCAUGAGAAAGUGAGUGUCUCCAAUUUCUUAUUCUCUCCACAGUGGCCAUCUCUGAGCAGAUGUCCCUUUCCACAUGGGCUCGAAGUGCACUGCAGUGAGGGUGAGGUUGUGUUGUGGCUGGAAAAGAUGUGCUUCACUAGGACAGAGGGAAGCCCCUUUGGCUGCCUGUGCUGGUGGCCUUUCCUCUUCUUUCCCUCCCCAUUAGAGAGCUCCAUGUUAAUUUAUUCUUAUGGGCAAUUAUUUAUUAUUGUCAUUUGGGGAAAAGGGUUGUGGGGAAGGGUUAUAAAGAAGAUAGCUAAUAGUAAAGCAAAUUCUAAAAUAUUCCAGACCCCCUGGCUGCUGGUAAAAAUAAGCAAAUAAAAAGGGUCCCAGGUAGAUGGUAAAUUAAUUGACCAGGGAAAGAGAGUUAGAAUUAACCAAAAGUUACAGCUAUGUUGUGGGAAAAUGGCCUCUCAGGGAAAUCAGGGAGCCGUGAGACUGGCUAGUUGGGGGUGGUGAGACUCAUUCCAUAGAAAUUGAAACUUGGGAUCAUGGACUUGGCUACUGGGAAAUAAGUCACCUCCACAUUUGGAACUAGUGUCCUCUGAUGAUUUUACAGGCCAGUUCUCUGCUGAAAAGUGAAACUGUGGACAGGUAGCUGCUGGGUUGAGGUAAUAGACUACUGCUUUUGAGUUGGAACUUGUCUUGGCCUCCCUAGCAUAACAGGUGAUCAGUAUAGGCCUGGUUUCUGGUCCCUCCAUCUUCUCUCAAGUAUCACAGGGAAGCCCUUCCUCUGAGGAGUCUUAUAUCUGGCUUUUGUUUUAAAAGAAUACGAACACAUGAGUCAUUUUGGUCUCCCUUUUUUGUACCAAAUACCACGGCAGGGGUGUCUAGUACUUAAACAUAAACACUGGCUGUUUUCUAUUAUUGGUGUGUACUGUGUCUUGUAACUCUCUGCCCCCCAAGUUUUUCCAUGCAGUUCUUUAUGAUGAAUAACUCCUGUCUGGGUUUACCACCUUCCCUUGGCUCCAAUCUGAGUGGGCAACUGCUAGAUCUGCCUCCUAGUCCAAGAAGUAUCUUAACCACUGCCUGUGACUCUUGACUAGCAAUUUCUCAUUGUUAGGGGAAAGAAGGGAGCUUAAAAGUAGACACUGGGAUUGUCCCAGAGAUAAGAGAUAGAUGGUUGAUGGGGUGUGUGUACUGUCCAGUAACACCAAAAGUGGACUUGAGCUUUCUGUCUGUUUUCAUGUGCACCCGGUCAGACACUUAACUCUUCUACUCAUAGAAGCCUUAGAUCUACAGUUUAGCUAUGCAAAUUAUUUUUAAUAAUUCAAAAAUAGCAGUUUCAACCAGUGCUUUCUCGGUCAUAUGUAGUCCAAGAAUUGAUAGCCAAGGCAUUUAAUUGGAGUGGGCUCUUAGGUCCAGGCUGGUGCAGUGGGAGUGAGCUAAUCCAGAUUUCUGUAGUUUGCAAAACACAUUUAAAACUUGGCUUACAUGGAUGCCUCUCAGACUUGGAACACUGAGCUCCCAGAGUUGUAUGUCUCUGUGUGUGUGCCCUGCUAACCAGGAAAAGGGGUGUCUCUGUGUUCACAAAUGGGAAAUUAGUAGAAAUAAUUUCAGUAGGGAACUGAAACCAGUUUUUAAGCUGCUAGGAAGUAAAUGGGAAUUUUGAGAGGUAGCACGUGGCUGCUGUAUACUCAGCCAUUCCAAGCUUGGAACUCACUUCAUCUUUGUAGAAGCCAUAACUCUAGACAGGUCUCCUGGAUGGAGAAGGUUUUGUGAGAACAUGCAGUUUCUGGUGUAUAAAGGUGGGGUGAGAUCAUAGGAGACUGAAUUGCUUAUUAGCUCCAUGGGCUUUGGCAACCCACCCCCCCAACCUCCAACAAACCUAAAUAUCCUACUUUUCAUGUGUUACUCGCGGGGAAAUGUGCAUGCACACCAAGCAUGAGCAUGUGACAAGGGAAGCAGGAACCUCACAAAUCUACUGUGCUUAGAUUGUAAACAUGAGGUGCUGGGUGGGUAUACCAACUUAUGCUUAUAAUCCUAGCCUUCAAGAAGCUAAGUCAGGAAGAUCAUUUUGGGCUAUGUAUACAGUAAGACAAUGGGGAAAAGGCAAAGGUCAGGACCUGCUUUUUCUCUGUCUUUCAUGGAUGUUUUAAGGGUCUCUCAAGAAGUCCAGUUGCUCUGGUAUAUUCUAAGUUCUUAUUGUCUGUAACACUACUAAAUGAUGCAGAUGACACUUAAGAUACUUGGUUCCUGUAGGUCUGUCUCUGUGUCCCCCUCUGGUAGGGAUGGAGUAUCUCUUCAAGAAAGUAAGUGAACCAGAUUAGGUCAGAUCCUUCUUAAUGGCUUAUCUGAAGUCCUCGCCUGUUGAGCUACGCUACUUAAGUAUCUGUGUUCCUGGCUUAAAGAUAUUGUCUGGCCUUUGGAACUCUUGUAGGAAUUGAUGUGUGGAUCAUAUAUUUAUGUUGCAGAGAGCUGGGGUGUGCUUAGCUGUGUCACGGCUGUCCUGCACUCUGCCCUUAUCCAUGGGAAGGCUCCCGGGCAUUACAUUCCUUGUCCCUGCACAGACCUUUGCUUCCCACUUCCCUUUGGUUUCCACAAGCCCAGGUCUCCUGAGCCAUCAUUCUGUGCAUUCUGCUAGGUUGCUCUUUCCCCAGUAUUGCUGCUGAGAGAAGCACCCUCCCCUAAAGGAUGACUUUCUGACUCCUCUGCUGACUAGUUCCCAGGAAAUCAGCACCUUAAAGGCCAACCAAAAAAGUACUGAACUGCCCAUUGCUCACCUUCCAAUUCUUUCCUUUCCACGGACUCUGCUGCCCCUGUGUAUUCAAAUUGCUGUAAUCCCUCAAAGUCUAUUCUGUGCCACUAGCUUGGCUCUAGGCCUUUAUGAAUACCUGAGUCCUAUGAUGAUGAACUAAAAAGCAGGCAGUGUCCAUCCUCUUGGCUUUUCAGGGACCCAUGUCUGCGCCUUUCCCCUGCCACAAGUCUGUUUGCUGUAGUCAUCUAGUGCGCUGGGGAGAGAUAGCCAGGCAGGCUGCAUAAUCUACAAUGUAGAGGGCUGAGGGAGGUUUGGGCACUCUCUGCUACCACUACUAGGAUGAUAUUCAGACAAGAGGGGACCUCAUACUGUGACCUGACCCAGGACCCUCCCUGGAAGAGAGCUCAGCCGAGCUGUGUUUGAAUGAGUGUGUAUAUGUGUUUGCAUGUGUGUGCUCAUGUGCACUGUGGUGUAAAAUGACUUAUCUGGUUGUGUAACUCAGGGCAGGCUGGGGACUCACCAGAAGAUUCCCUCAGGCCUGCCCAAGACAGGUUUUUUUCCUUGUACCCUCUUCAGAGGGAUCAGAGAGAGGGUCCAGGUGGGUUGAAGGGGUUGCAACAGAUAACCACUAAGGCCACACUGCUGCCAGAGGAGUUGGGGGAAAGGGAGGGAGAUGUGGUUGCCCCAAGGCUCUGGUACCUGGCUUUAGUUUUCUGUCUUCUUUCCUCAGGAUUCCCCUGAGGCCCAGGACCUGUGCCUGGCUUAGAGGACCAUCUGUGGCUGGCUGAUCCAGCUACUGGUGUGAUCAUGGGCUUCCCUCCUCUCUCUCUCAGCAGGGCAGACACUUCUGCCCCAGGGACUGGGCAACUGGCUGUUUCUAUGACGUAUUUAUUUUUACUUGUGUUUCAUGUCACUUUUUUAAAAAAAAAAGCAAACAGAACAAUUGUAAGUCAGUAUAACUGCCUAUCAGUUUUCUUUAUUUCUCUUUUUGUAAAAUAAAAUUUAAACUCAAAA